CUGGGCGAGCACCUCCCGGAGGCAGGCCCGGCACUGGGGUCCCGGCGACACCCGGCCGCCUCCUGGGGGUGCCGGGGCCCCGGUGGCGGUGCCGGGCGCUGCCCCACGGGGGCGUGAGGCGGGGUGGAGAGGCCGGGCCGGGCCGGGCCGGGCCGGGCGGAGUGCCUGCCCGUCGGGCGGCUCGCUCCGUGUCUCCGGCCGCGUCGUACCCGCCUCGCUACUUCCUUCCCCGCCCGGACCCGCGGCAUGGCCGGGGAGCUGCUGUCCUGCCGGGUCUCCCUGGGCAGCCGCCCCGCCGGCUACGGCGGCGGCGACCUCGGCAGGCUCCGGGAGCGCGAGUUCCCCCGGCUCCGAGGGAUAACUUACCUUGACCAUGCGGGUGCAACACUCUUCCCAGAUAGUCUACUUAAAGCUUUCACUGACGACCUCAGAAACAAUGUUUAUGGCAACCCUCAUAGUCAGAAUAUCAGCAGCAAGCUGACAUACGACACAAUCGAGCAUGUCCGAUACAGAAUAUUGCAACAUUUUUGCACUACUUCUGAAGAUUACACUGUCAUUUUCACAUCUGGAUGCACAGCUGCACUUAAACUGGUAGCGGAAGCAUUCCCGUGGAUACCUGAAGGCACAAAGCAACCCAGUAGUCGAUUUUGUUACCUAACUGACAGCCACACGUCAGUGGUGGGUAUGAGGGGGAUAACUGCCUCAAUGAAUGUAUUAUCUGUUCCUGUAAAAGCAAAGGAAUUGUUAUCUGAGAAAAACUGGUUACCAGCUGAAGAACAAAACUGCACGACACCUCAUCUUUUCUCUUAUCCAGCUCAGAGCAAUUUUUCUGGUACCAAAUAUCCCCUUUCAUGGAUACAGGACAUAAAAUCUGGAAAACUCUACCCCAUCAAAAUACCAGGGAAGUGGUUUGUUCUUCUGGAUGCAGCUUCGUAUGUGAGCAGUUCUCCAUUAGACUUGGGAGUUCACCAAGCUGACUUUAUCCCUAUCUCAUUCUAUAAAAUCUUUGGAUUUCCUACUGGUUUAGGAGCAUUAUUGGUAAACAACCAGAUUGCCCCCCUCUUGAGGAAAACCUAUUUCGGAGGUGGAACUGCAGCUGCGUACCUCGCAGGAGCGGAUUUUUACUUCCCAAAGAAAUCCAUGGCAGAAAGGUUUGAAGACGGCACAGUCUCUUUUCUUGAUAUCAUUGCUCUGAAACAUGGAUUUGAUGUUCUGGAAAAACUCACAGGUGGAAUGGAGAAAAUAAAACAACACACCUUUGCAUUAGCUCAUUAUACCUAUAAUGUGCUGUCUACCUUAAAAUAUGCCAAUGGGGCACCUGUAGUACGUAUUUACAGUGACACAGAUUUCAGCAAUCCUGAUGUCCAGGGUCCAAUCAUUAAUUUCAACGUGCUCGAUGAAAAUGGAGAGGUGAUCGGCUUUUCACAGGUGGAAAAGAUGGCCAGCCUCCACAACAUACAUGUGCGCACAGGUUGCUUCUGUAACACAGGAGCCUGCCAGAUGCAUUUGGGUAUAAGCGAUGAGGACAUCCAAAGGAACCUGCAGGCUGGCCAUGUCUGUGGAGAUGAUAUAGACCUAAUUGAUGGACGUCCCACUGGUUCUGUGAGAAUAUCCUUUGGCUACAUGUCUUCUUUUGAAGAUGCACAGACUUUUUUGAAAUUCAUUGUAGCCACCAGGUUCUCCAGGUCAGACACUGAGAUUCCCUUCCAGUCCUCUGUUACAAAGCUGAUGACAGAGCCUGUCCCAGCUGAUUGCACUUACUUUAAGAAUGCAGAUGAAUUGUCUUCAAGAACGCACAUCUCAGACAGAGAACUUGGAAAUAAUUCAUCUGUGACAAUGAAGACUGUUGACUGGCAGCCAUCGGAGUCUGAGUCAGAAAGCAUAAGGGCAACUAUUUCUGAGACUGCGGUGCCAACGUAUAGAAGAGAUGGGAACCCCAUUACUGUCACCAACAUUUACCUCUACCCAAUCAAAUCCUGCUCUGCAUUUGAGGUUACAGAAUGGCCAGUAGGAAACCAGGGCUUGCUGUAUGACCGUAACUGGAUGGUUGUAAAUCAGAAUGGAGUUUGCUUGACUCAGAAGCAGGAGCCAAGGUUGUGUCUUGUAAAUCCCUCAAUUGAUCUGAAGCAAAAGAUUAUGGUCAUUCAGGCAGAAGGCAUGGGCACAAUAUCUGUAUCACUAGAAGAAAAUACUGGAAAAGAAGCCGUGAUCUGCGAGAGUAAAGUCUGUUCGCACAGGGUAAAAACGUAUGACUGUGGAGAAGAAACUGCUGGCUGGUUCUCUAUGUUUCUUGGUCGUCCAUGCCGCUUGAUAAGACAAAGUCCAGACAGGAAAAACAGCGUGCAACAUAAAAAUACAAAAGGUCUGACCUGUGCUACAAGCAUCUCACUCUCUCUUGUGAAUGAAGCACAAUACCUCCUGAUAAAUGUAGCAAGCAUUCUGCAACUGAAAGAACACAUUUCUGCAAGAUUGGAAGACCCAUUGGAAAUAGAGGAAUUAAUCCAGCGUUUCCGUGCCAACAUUGUCAUCAGUGCACCAGAGUCCUUUGAAGAAGAAGAGUGGGCUGAGAUUUCAAUAGGUGCUCUGCGAUUCCAGGUUGUGGGUCCGUGUAGCAGGUGUCAAAUAAUCUGCAUUGAUCAACAGUCUGGGGAACGAAACAAAGAAGUUCUACAGUCUCUGUCUGCUGCAAGAGGUAGAAAGACAAACUUUGGUGUAUACCUGAUGAACCAGCCCUUGUGCUCGUCCUUUCCAGAUAUGUUAUCUGUUGGGUCUCAAGUACUUCCAGUGUUGAAGGAGAAUACAGAAAUUCAACGCCCAACAUCCAGUGAAGAAAAAUGUUCAGGAUAGAAGAUGAGACUUACAUGCAACUCUAGGGAGAAGUCAGUAGCCAGUUAUUCAAAAAAAAAAAAAAAUCUUCCGCUCAUUUGCUUCUGCUUUGAGUUUUUUAAUUUUCUGUUUGCACUAAAUGUUAUCAGAUGGCAGUACCCUUGAUAAUUAGACUUCACCUACAUGUUUUUGCUUGUGAUUAAGUUACAGCAGCCAUAACUCUUAUUUUGUUCAAUUGCUUCAGGAUGCAACAGGUUUGAUCAAGUUUUACUAGUGGAUGACUCCCAAAACAAGCCCAACGUUGUUGUCAGAAACCCACAUCUCAAUGAAGGAAAGUAAACAUAACAAUGAACUACUUCCUUAUGCUGCUUUGUUAAAACCACAUUUGGGAGAGAGGACGCAGGGCGUGCUUUAGAAACAAGGGAACAUCUUUGCGCUGUAGCGAUAGGAAAUGUCACAGUGCUUCAGAUUGAUGUAAGAGACACAAGGAAUCUUUCAUCUCAACAAAGAAUAAUAUUUCCCUUAUAGUAAGUGGAGUGUCACCACCAGUAUUGAGAUGUCUUCCCAUCAAUGAAGACAGAUUCUUCUCAAUGCCAAUACUUUGUGGAAAGUCUUGAAGUAGGAGGAUUCAUGCUUAAACAUCAUGCACUGUAAGUUUUGUAGAAAGAACAUUGUUCCCAUAAUGUGAUAAAAAAUUCAAAGAAGGGAGAAACUGAGCAUAAUACAAACUGAGGUAUGGCAUGAGCGAAAAGGACAUAAAAACUUCAAAACACUAUGUAUAUUACGUAGAAAGAUUAAGUGCAUUAUAAAGGGGUCACUUCUCAAUGUUCUGAGUAUAUAGAAAAAAUACAAUUUCAUAUGAAUGCAGACUCUUUCAUCUAAGUUCUCUCAUUGCUGCAAAAUUAAAUCUUUGGACUAAUUACAGAUAUAUAUUUACUUUCUAUGGAUAAAAAAUGUAUUUAAUACAACAUUUCCAGAGUGUUGUGUGUAGAAAGUCCUCUACAUAUUUGAAAACUAAGUCUAUACUUCCUUACGAUAAAUUAUUCAGACACAUUCUAUUUUCCAUGGGACUUAACUCCUUCUCAAAUCUCAAGGCAAAAAUUAUGAUUAUUACAAGCUCCAAUAAUAGCCAAGAGGCUGGAAUCACAGAACAUAAAUCAGCAUUUUUAGGAGAAGCCUCUGAACUGUGUUCACUGAUAUGACUAAGAUAAUUCAGACACAUUGUGUUUAUACAUUUUCAAUGGCAUCUUUCAAAAUGUGGUCAAAAAUUUUGGUCAUUGUUCUGUCAAAAUCAUGUACAAAUCAAAAGGAAAGACUGCAUAAUAACUUGAUCGUUGUUCACAAAUUAUGGAAAUUAUGCUAUGCUACUUCUUCGGUCUGUUUUUUAACUUUCUUGGAAAUGAGGUCAAUAAAAUACAUAUUG